AUGGCUGCCCCUCCGAGCACGUCGGCCCAGGAAGCCUGCUCAGAGCUUUUGGGCCGCCCGUGUCUGCACUGCGACACGGCUAACGAUUUGCCGCUGAGGCCCUACGCUCCGCACCUCGUGAGCUGGCCCGAGUUGGGAAACGGGCCUCAGUGGCUCGCGGAUCGGCUGGGGACAAGCGAACGAUGCUCUCUCUUGGACCUCGACCAUGCUUUGCUGCUGCCGCCACCGAGCUUCGACGAGGCCGUGGAGACAGAGGGGAGGCCCACGUUGUACAUGGACCCUGUGCUGGAGCGGAACAGGCCGCUCUACCUUGAUUUCAUCCAGUCUGGCAUCUCGCGGGGCGUGUUCGUCUUUGGGAAAGAGAGGACCGAGGGCGUCUCCGCCUUCUUCGUGGCCAAGAAGGACGAGCGGAUCAGGAUGGUGCUGGGCUGCAGGCGUAGCAACCAGCGUUUCCAGCCCCAUCCAUCGGUCAGCCUGUUCUCCGCCGCGGGGUUCGCGGACCUCGAGGUGCCGAAGGACGCGCCCCUCUACUACGCGGGGGUGGACGUCCAGAACGCGUUCUACCAGCACAAGCUGCCAGCCUACCUGCGGUCGUACUUCUGCUUGCCGAAGGUCACCGCGGGCGAGCUCGGCAUCAGCAGGCUUGAUGGGCGGCGUGUCCCGCCCUGGGCCUGCCUUUACCCACAACUUGCCGUUGUUCCCAUGGGGUGGAGCUGGGCACUCUUUUUCGUUCAGAAGGCUCACGAGCGGACGCUGGACCUGCACGACGCUCUGAAGCCCGAGCUGCGGGCGGUCGACUUCGUGCCCGUUCCCAGCCCGCUCAAGGAGCCCAUCCACUCGCUGUACGUCGACAACGUGCUCGUGGUCGGCACCGACCGCGAGGCCGUGACCAGGGUCAGGCGUGAGGCCUCCAAGGCACUGGAGGGCUCCGGCCUGGCCGUCCAUGACGAGACCGACGCCGCCGAGAGCAUGACCAUGCUUGGCGGGCAGCUGCAUGGAUCGCCUGCUCGCGCCACCUUGGCGCCACGGAGGUUCUGGAAGCUGUGCAUGGGGCUCGGCUACUUGGUUCAACGGCGCCCCCGCGUCACCAGCCGUGACAUCGAGCACGUCAUCGGCCACUGCACGUUCGCCGCGCUGUGUCGGCGCGAGAGCCUGAGCUGUUUCAGCGCCGUCUACUCGUUCGCCCAGCAGAAUUACCAGCGCGCCAGGCCUCUCUGGGCGUCGGCACGGCGCGAGUUCAGGAUCUUCCGCGGGUUGCUGGUCACGCUCGUCUCGGACCUCGACGCCGAGUGGUCCACCAAGGUCGUCAUGACUGACGCCUGCGAGACGGGCCACGGCUCGGUCGAGGGUGAGUGGGACCUCUCCGAGGUGCAGAGUGCUGGUCGCUGGCACGAGCGGUGGCGGUUCCGCCGCACGCGCGAGGCAGACGGGGGUUGGCGGCCGCGCGACCGCGCGGCACGUGCGGCCGAGGCCGCCGAGCUGGAUGCACACCCGUCUGUUCUGUUGCGCCAGGGUCUCGCCAACAAACGAUUCCCUGAAGUGUCGACGCACGCCAUCCGCCGCACCAGCUGGUCGACCAUGCACUACUCGCCUCUCUUCGGCAAGGAGCCCAUGCAUCGUAAGGAGGCAAGAGGUGACUUACACGCCGUGAAGCUGAUCCUGUCGGACGCGGACUCCUGGGGGAAGAGGCGCGUCGUCUUGGGGGACAAUCUAGCACUCGCACUUGCACUAUCUAAAGGACGUUGUCGUGAUAUAUUUCUGCUCAAUAUCUUGCGGCGAGGCGCCGCCUUGACUCUCGCCUCGGGGGCCCGCAUGCAUCGACGAUGGGUGCCCAGCGAGUUCAAUGCGGCCGACGGUGACAGCCGCUCCCGCGAGGGUGCUGCAGGACGCGCUGCAUCUGGGGCCAGCUGGCGCGCUGCCGCGGCGCGCGGGCGCCAGCUUCGGCACCGCCGCAGCUCGGCGCGGGGCCCCGAGGGCGACGGUCGGCCCGACAGCGGCUGGCCCGCGGCCCCAGCGGCCCCGCCUGGACUCGAGCGCUGCCCUGCCACUGGCAGCCGCGCGCCCGCUGCGGUCCCGCGGCCUGGCGGCGCCGGCGUCGGCCAGGCGGCUGAAGCGCAGCGCGCCUGGGAGUGGCCCGUCAGCGCAGGCCCCUCCGCAGCCCUCGGCGGCUCGGACGCCGCUACGCCGCAGCUGGGGCCCCCUGGGCUCGCUCUGCUUCGACGUCCGUCGGUGGUGCUAGCGGACCCGCGCAGCAUCCCCCUGCGGGAGCUGCCGCGGUCUGUGCAGCGCCGCCUGGGCGCUGGGGAGCAGGCGCGGGACACCGCCCGCCAGCUCUCCAUCACCGAGGCUGCCGCGGUGGGACGGCGGAGCCGACUGCAGUACACGCGGCUGCUCGAGCUGUUCCUCAGGCGCAGCCGCCUGACGUCUCUGGCGGCGCCUGCUGCCGACACGGACGCCGCGGUGGUGAGGUUCUUCGACGAGCUGUACCUCGAGGGGAAGGUCGCGUCGACGGGCGAGAAGCUCCUCGCCGCGAUCUUCAUGCACGUGCCCGACUACCAGAGCAAGGGGAAGCUGGCCCUGCCGCGCGCCUACCGCGCGCUGCGAGGCUGGCGCCUGCUGCGGCCCUCGCGGACGCGACGCCCGCUGCCCUGGGCGGCCUGCAUGGGCGUGGCACGCCAGAUCUGGAAGAUCAGCGGCCGCCCCGCCCUCGCGGUGUUCUGGCUCCUGAUGGUGGACACGUACCUGAGGCCUGGCGAGGCUUUCCGCCUGACCUGCGGCCAGGUGAUCCCUCCGCAGGCGCACAUGCCCAAGGUAACGAUCCACAUCGACCCCGACUACAUGAAGAGGCCGAGCAAGACUGGCGAGAUGGACGAGACAGUGGACGUGGCACGUCCGUGGCUGGGCAACCUGCUGGUUCGACUGGCCCAGGGCCCGCCCAGUGGCCCCCUGUGGACCUUCACUAUGACGGAGGCCAAGGACGUGUUCGAGCGCGCGACCCGCGCGCUGCACUUGGACAAGCUGCUGCCCGUGCUCUACACAGCCCGACACAGCGGUGCGUCCAUCGACCGUUUCACGGGGGGGAUCUCGUUGCAGGAAGUCCAGCGGCGCGGCCGCUGGCGCCAGCCGAGCUCGGUCAGGCGCUACGAGAAGCGCGGGCUCACCGAGGCUGUGUGGGGCGAGAUGGAACCCUCAGCCAAGGCAUACUGCCUCCAGGCCGAGGCCGAGCUGCCCUCGCUGCUCGCCGCCGCCUCGAUAUCCGCCAACGCCUGA